AUGCCAACUGCACCUUCUGCUCACCAACCACCAUCAUCUGCAACUUCUGGCGAUUGGAAUCACGACAUGAUUCCACCUUUUUCUCAUUUCGAUCCAGAGUCUGUUGUAAACGAUCCUCCCCAAUAUCAUCCACAACGAUACCAGCAGUGGAUAGACACAUACGCACUCCAGCAACAACAACAACAACAACAAGAGCAGCAGCAGCAGCAGCAGCAACAGCCUGGCGCCUCAUAUUCACCGUACAACAACCGACAAAGCCAGUCUCAACACCAGUUCACCUUUUCUAACCCUCUACCGGGCUAUAACACUACCACAACGCUUGCACCACAUGCUUAUUCUGCACCUUCCAGCGAUGGGUAUGGGUAUCAUCCGGGAAGCGACGUACAUCCACCGACGCAGAACCACUCUCAAUCCCAAGGAAGCGUUUAUCAGAAUGUACAGCACUACCCGUCCGAGAUACCAGGGGUAGCGGGCUCAUCAAAUGCAUCAUCUCAUGGUCAUUCCCCUCCCCAAUGGUCCGACGAAACAGGUGUUUUCGAUGUCAACUCGACGACGACUGCUACCCGUUCUACCUCUAUGCACCCAUCACCCUCGCCAUCUUAUGGGGCUACUGCCUCUCGUAGCCAGCAGCGCCAACAGCAGUUUCAUCAAAACCCCAACCCAUCAUCGAACAACGCCUUCAUCAGAUCAGCGCCAUCUUCGGCCCCAAUUCGCAACACAGGAAAACGAAAGCGUACGUCGCGAAGGUCACCUUUGCCACCCAUUGGUGCAGCUAAACGCGUCAGAGAGAGGGAUUACAGCGACGAUGAGAGUGACGAUGACGAUUGUUUUGGUAUCAGUGUCGGGAUGGGUGGGUUGACGGGAGUGUCUGGUACAUUAAGUGGCAAGAGAGGAAAGGGGGCUAGGCUGCCUGGAGCAUGCACUCAUUGCAAGAAGUUGAAGGUAAGUCGGUCGGACCUUCUUCCUCUUCCUCACUCUGGGCGCUGCGAGCAGACGUAG